UUCAGCGGGACAUAUUGCGAGAUCUUCUAUAUGGUGCUUAGCCAUUCCUGCAUUUUAAGAUUGGAUAAAAUAGCCUUUUAAUAACCAACAUCAUGACAUCAAUGAGGGAAGUUAAUCUGGAUACAUACAGUUUGUCUUUACUUACGGCAAAAGAAGAUAUCCUGAAUCCACGCUCGUCAACAAACUGGGCUUUAUUCACCUAUGAUGGGAUAAUGAACAGACUCAGACUGGCUGAUUCUGGAGUGGGCGGAUUGAAAGAGUUGUCAACAAAACUCAACCCUAGACUGCCACUGUAUGGGAUGUGCAGGGUAGGCAAAGCUCAACCGCGCUUCGUCAUGAUAUUAUGGGUGGGAAAGGAUGUGGAGGAGUAUCGCAGAGCUGAGUGUCAAAGUCAUAUACCAGCCAUCAGAGCCUUCUUUAAGGAAGUGCACAUCUUUCUUCCGGCCCACACUUUGGAUGAAAUCACAGAGGAGCGGAUCUGUGCUCUGGCCUGUAAAUCUGCAGGAGUGCCCCAGGGGUCGAGAGCGAGACCCGGACGCCGGACCGAAGACAGACACGCCACUGUGGGCACCAAUUACAAGCGGACAAUCGCAGCUGCAGAGAUUCAGAGGAUCCAGAGAGAUUCCUUCUGGGCACAAAUGGAGAGAGAAGAGGAGGAAAGGAAAAAGGAGGAACAGCGGAGGGCAGCAGAGGACAGAAGACAGAGAGAGAGAGAACGAAUGAUCCAGGAGAAGAGAGAAGCCACGGAGAGAGAGAGGAGGAUGCAGCAACAAGAAGAGAAAAUAAAGGAGCAGAGGAGAAUACAGGCCCAGCUGGAGGCAGAAGCUCACAAACAGGAGAAAAUCAAAUGGGAGCACCAGAAAAGGGAGCGCGAAGAUGAAGAAGUGAGAUCUUCACGCUCUGAAUCGGAAGAAAAAGCUGCGGAGGCAGCAGCUCUGGUGUCUCAGCGACCUGUAAACCCCAGAGAGUUUUUCAGACAACUGUCCUCCUCCAGCAUCCAAACGGGCUCCCGUCCCAACUCGCCACGUCCAGACAGGAGUCCCUUUAAAAGACUUCAUCGCAGUCAGACAGACAGUAUCUUCAGCUUCAAUGAACCACCAUCGUCAUCAUCAUCUCGAAUAUCUUCUCAAUUUCCAACUCCAACUUCCCAAAGCCCAACUAUAUUCACUAAAACUACACUUCCUAAUGGCACAAUGGUAUCUGCCAAAAGCAAAAUCCAAAUAUCUUCCCCCAAGCUGAUGGUGUCAUUCGCUGUAUCCACCAUUGCACCACAACUCCAAUCUCCACCAAUACCUCCAACUAAACUUCAACUUAAAAGCCCAAUCAGUGAAAUACUAGAUAGUCUGGUCUUUUACCCACCUCCACCAAUUCCCGAGCAGCUCCAUUUGAAUGAACAACCAGAAACAGUGACUGAGUUUCCUCCACCUCCACCUGGUUUUGAAGAUUCUCCAGAAGAUCAGCUUGCAGAAACGUCUGUUCCUUCAUCAUGUGUUUUGGUUCCUGAGCCGCCAUCAAGACCUCUUCCUGCGCUGCCGGUUGCUCCACGAAUGCUGACUGAUCUGGAAAUUGAGAGAGAUUUUACUGCUCGGGCUUCGGUUAUCUCUACGGUUGAAGAGGAAGAGGAGAACGAGGAAAGAGAUGUGAAGGAUUGUGAGGAAUAUGAAGGGACGAUUCAGGAAAAACAAGAAGCUAUAAGUGAGAAAGGUGAAAUGGGAGAAGAACAGGAUGAGAAAAUGAUGGACGAAUGUCAGAGUGAUGAUGAAAAAAAUGGACAUAUUGUGGAUGCAAGUGAAGGUGAAGGAGAACUGGUUUGGACAAAUGUGGAAGACUUUGAAAAUGGAAAAGAAGAUGGGGAAAUGUUGGGAGAACAUCAAGAGAGUGAAGAAAAACUGGAUGAAAAUAUUAUUGAAGGACAUGAGAGAGAAAGUGAGGAAGCUCUGGAGGAAUUUAAAGACGGAAAUGAACUAGAUGGGGAAAUUCUGGAGGAACAAGAGAGUGAAGGAAGUAAACUAAAGAAAAAAGUGGAAGAGUUUGAGAGUCAAAGAAAACAAGACGAGAAAAUGUUGGAAGAAAUUGAGAGUGAAGAAAAGCUGGAUGGAAAUAUUAUGGAAGGACAUGAGAGGGAAAUUGAGCAAACUCUAGAGGAACUUAAAGAUGGAAAUGAACUAGAUGGUAAAAAUAUAGAGGAACAAGAGAGUGAAGGAAAUAAAAUUAAGAAAAAUGUGGAGGAAUUUGAGAGUCAAAGAGAAAAAGUUGAGGAAAUAGAAGAAUUUGAGAGUGAAGAAAUUCUGGAUCCAAAUAUUAUGGAAGGACUUGAGAGUGAAACUGUGGAGGAAUUUAAAGAUGUAAAAAAACAAGAUGGGAACAUUUUGGGGGAGCAAGAGAGCCAAAGAAAUAAUGUAGAAGAAGUUGAGAGUAAAGAAAAACCAGAUGAAAUUAUGGGAGAACAAGAGAGUGAAGGAAAUAAAGGGAACAUAAAUAAGGAAGAAUUUGAAAGUGGAAAAAUUAAGGAUGGGAAAAUGUUGGAAGAAGUUGAGAGUGAAGAAAAACUGAAGGAACAUAUUAUGGAAAGACUUGAGAGUGCAUUUGUGGAGGAAUUUAUAGAUGAAAAAAAACAAGAUGGGAAUUUUUUGGAGGAACAAGAGAGUGAAGAAAAUAAAGUCCCGAAAAAUGUGAAAGAAUUUGAGAGUGAAAUAUGUCAAGAUGAAAAAAAGUUGGAAGAGGUUGAGAGUGAAGGAAAACAGGAUGGAAUUAUUAUGAAAGGGCAUGAGAGAGAAGAAGAUGAUGUUAGCAAAAAUGUGGAACAAUUUAAAGAUAGAAAUGAACAAGAUGUUAAAUGUUUCGGGGAACAAGAGAGUGAAGAAAUACAACAUGCCAAAUGGAUAAAUGAAGAGCAAGAGAAAGAAAUUACAAGGAAAAAGGAGGAAGAUGGAAAAGGUUUAGGAAAAUAUACAGAAGAACAGACAGAUGAUAAAACUGUGGCUAUAUUUGAAAGCAAAAAAGAAGAAGAUGAGAAAAGCAUGGAAAUAUUGGGGAUGGAACGAAUAAAUAAUGAGAGAAUUAUGGAAGAAUGUGUGAGAGAUGAUGGAAAAGAGCUAGAAAAAUGUGAAGAAAAAUGUGGCACUGUCAAGGAAGCAGAUGGGAAAAUUGUGGAAGAACUCGAGGCUGACAAAAUGCAAGAUAAACGGAUCAUGGAAGAGCAAAAGAGUGAAGAAUUACAACAUUGGAAAUGUACAGAAGAUUAUGAGAGUGAAAAAAUACAAAUUUUAGAAUAUAUGAGUGAAGAUGAGAAGACUAUGAUAAAAUCUGAGGAAGAAAAUGAGCAAGAUGGUAAUAUUGUAGAAAAAUGUGAGGAAGAAAAUGUGAAUAAACUCAAGAUUGAAAAGAUACAACAUGGAAGCAACAAGGAGGAAAUUUACAGUCAAAAAGUGCAAGGUUCAGGAAUUGGGCAGGAAUUUGGCUGUGAGAAGGAACAUGAUGAAGAAUCUGUGAUGGAAAACAUACAACAUGUAAGAAAUAUGGAAGAUCGUGAGCAAGGCAAUGAAAUGGUGUUGGAAAAAUCUGAAGAAAAUGAAAGAGAAAAGGAACAAGGUGGAAAAAUUACAGAAAACUCUGAAAAACAAGAUGGUAAAAGUUUAGAAAAGCAUGAGAAACAACACGGUGGGGAAAUGCUUGAACGUGGAAAUGAAGAAAAACAAGAUGGAAAAACAGUGCAAGCAUUUGGCAAUGAAAAAGACGACUACAGGACAAGCAUGGAAGGAUCUGAGACUGAAAAAAUACAAGACGAAUUCGGACAAGAAAAUGAGCCAGAUGGGAAAAUUGAAGAAACAAGUCCAGAAGUAGAGGACUUAGAAAAUGCACAGGAUUUGAAAAUGACAGAUUGUAUGAACGAAAAAAUACAAUAUGGAGACUUUAUAAAAGAACAAGUACAAGAAGAAGAGAAAAUCAGGGAAGCAUCCAAAACUGAAAAAAUACAAGGUUUAAAUAUUAUUACAGACGGUGGGGAAGGAAAUAUGGAAGAACACGAGAGUGAAAAAGAUCAAGGUCAGAAAAUGAAAGAUGGGACAACUGCAGAGGAACUGGAGGGGAAAAAAGAGCGGGAACUGAACAUGACAGAUUGUUUGAACGAAAAAAUACAAUAUGGAGACUUCAUAAAAGAAUAUAUAGAUGAACAAGAAGAUGAGAAAAUCAGGGAAGCAUCCGAGACUGAAAAAAUACAGUGUGUGAAUAUUAUUACAGACUGUGGGGAAGGAAAUAUGGAAGAAAACGAGAGUGAAAAAGAUCAAGGUCAGAAAAUAAAAGAUGGGAAAACUGCAGAGGAACUGGAGGGAGAAAAAGAGCGGGAACUGAAAAUGACAGAUUGUAUGAACGAAAAAAUACAACAUGGAGACUUCAUAAAAGAAGAACAAGUACAAGAAGAUGAGAAAAUCAGGGAAGCAUCCGAGACUGAAAAAAUACAGUGUGUGAAUAUUAUCACAGACUAUGAGGAGCGAAAUAUGGAAGAACUGGAGAGGGAAAAAGAACUAGCUGAGAAAAUGAAAGAUGGGAAAACUGCAGAGGAACUGGAGGGAGAAAAAGAGUGGGAACUGAACAUGACAGAAGACUGUGAGAGUGAAAACAUACAAUAUGGAGAUUAUGAAGAGGAAAAAGCACAAGAUGAGAAAACAAUAGAAAAAAUACAACAUGGAAAUACUUUGGAAGAAUGCUUACGGAAUUAUGAGCAUGAUGGUGAAGAUGGCAGAAUAAUGAAAGAACAUGUGAAAAUACAAAAUGCAAAUAUUAUGUCAAAACACUUGAGAGAAAAUGAUUGUAAAAUUGAUAAAAGAUAUGAUCAGGAUUGGAAACUAGUAGAUGGAGAGGGUGAAAAAACACAAUAUGGCAACAUCAUCGAGAAACAUGAAAACGAAGGAGAUCAAGAUGACAUGAUGAAAGCAGUGAACGUGUGUGUGCUCAGGAAAGAGGAAUCCUUUACAGAGAUUAUAAAGAGACAUGAGAAAGCAGAUGCUGAGGAGAUGAAAUCAUAUAAACCAAUUAAGAAAGACGAAUGCAGUGCCGAAAUGUUUUUCUCCCAGCAUGCACCACCCUUCCCAGAAUCUCAUGUUAUUAAGCCAUGUCAACACAUCGACACAAAUAUUCCUAAAAGCAUUACUGCUUCACAGACGACCUCCACUGACACCUCACACCAAAUAAACCUACCAAACAUUCAGGCUGAGCCAGAUCUUUCCAACCUGAGAGAUCCAGAUGACAUGAAAGAGACUAUGUGUGACUCCAAAAACAGUGCAGACACCAUGCCACCAGGACAAGGACCUAACAAAGACAUGUGUGUUAUUGUUGAGGAUGUACAGAUAGCAGGAAUGAUUAAUGACGUUAAAACUCUGGACAGCAGUAGUGAAUUUGAUGAUGAGAUCAAUACUGAGAGCAAGGCAUCUUCACCUGUAUCUGAGAAUCAAGAGCGGAUUGGACAGUCAGAUGAGGGGGAGGAGCUUGUAGCUGUCAGUCAUUUCCUCGAAGAACCAGAUACUGCAAUGGACAUAAUAAUUGUAUAAUUCAUCAUCUGAAUCUGACCGAUCGCACAAGCGAUGUUGAAGGACAGGAGGCUUCAUCACAUGACACAGAAACACAGCAGAUAUCAAAAUGCGAUUGUGACCCUCACCAAGUGAACGAAGACACAAAACACGAAUUUCAGCAGAACUACAAGGCCGUCACAGGUACACCCUGUGACAUGUUGAAUGAUAAGACAGCUGAUGAAAACUGAACUGUAGAUGAGAUUUGGAAAUAAUUGGUAGGUGUGACUGUAAACUUAUCUCAGAACAGAUCAUUCCACCAAAGAAUGUAAUGGUUCUGGUUUUGAUUGGCAUUAAUUAUUCAAAACGCAAGGAGUGGAAGGGUAAUUCAGGGCUAAUCGCAGAUUUGCUGUCCUUUUCACCCCAGGUAGGUUGCUUUUUUGUUUUUGAAAGUCCCCAAUGGUGAAAUUCUACAAUGCGAUAUAAAACAGUGCUACAUAAUUACCCUAAUUUAGAGAUUUAGAGAAAAAUCCAAUUAUGACAAUUAUAUUAGUAAAUCUCAAAAGUGCUUUUGCUUGAAGGAAAUACUACAAUGGCACUUUUCUGCCAAAACCAACUUAGUAUAAAUGGUCAUAAUUUACAAUAACGCUCCAUUAGUUAAUGUUAUUUAAUGUACCCUAUUUACUACUAUUACCUAAGAAUAUCUGACAGCAUUUAUUAAUCAUAGUUGUUUGUUAACAUUAGUUAAUGCACUGAGAAUGAACAACUUUAUUUUCAUUACCUAGCACUAACAAAGAAGAAUAAAUAAGAUAGUAAGGUUUUACUUGGUAUUUUAUUUGCUAACAUGAACAAAUAAUGAAUAAUGAAUGUAUUAGCAUAAUUAUUCAUCUUUGUUAAAGUUAGUUAAUGAAAAUAAAGUCAUUUAGUUUGUUCAAAUUAACUCACAGUGCAAUAACUGUUGUUAACAGAUGAGUUAUGAUUUUAAUCAUGUAAUUUAAUAACUAACUAUUUAAUUAACACUGUACUGUUCAUUCUUCAUGUUAGUAAAUACAUUGAAUACUUCUUGUUAAGUGUGAUCAUAAAUGCUGUAAUAAAUCUAGUAGUGGUGUAAUGGAUCACGGUUGACCUGUGAUUCGUAUGGACCACACAACCCACGGUUCGGAACACACAGAAUUAAUACAAUUUUUUAACUUUUAGAUUAAUCCUAAAUUUGUAUUGAUCGCAAGGAGAUCGCCUCUCGCAUCAUUCAGAUCACAUGUAUGAAAGCAUUUAGUCUUUCCUGUAAAAUAUAAUGAUGACGGAAGAAGUUGUGGUAGGUUAUUCGGGAAGUGCUGGGUUUCUUAGGUUAUUAAAGGUGUUUUCUGUCACUACUUGUUUAGUCUGCAUUAAUGCAUUCAGAAUAAGCGGCCUUUUUAAUCAUUAAAAGAUCAGGAUCUUAACAUCCACGCAACAUAAAUUAUUAAUGAUGGUGAUUUACAUGUUUAUUAAUCCUUCGAAUCGCUGCAUUCAAAUCUGAAAAUGCAAAAAUCAAGAAAGAGAUUCAGUCUUUUGAGUUAGUUAUAAACGGUUAUAGUGAGUUAUAAAUUAGUUAUUAAAAGUUACAAACAGUCAAAUAACACAAAAGUACUGGGAUAACAGUUUAUAGUUUAGAUAAAUUCACUGACGUUUAUGGCAAAGAUUAAAAUCACCAUCAUGUGCAUUUAACCUGACGCUCAAAAAUGAAAGUUGUAGGCAGCAAUUACAUUACUUAACCAAUAGGUGGUGACAACCAGCCAUCGAAAAAAAUGCCACUGAAUAAUUCUUCAAAAAUGAUACAUCUAGCAAUGAAACAUGAGGUUUUAUGAGUGAAUAACUGAAUCAUUUAUUGAAAAUGAAACUAAAAAUAAAUAUGGGUUGUAUAAAUUAAAAUGUUAGAUUUAUACAUUUAGCAUUAUCAGCAACAGGGUUUUCACAAUAAGA